ACUGGUUCCGGGUCGGCUUCCGCUUCCGGCAGGGCGGCUGGCGCCGGCCUGGCGCCGCUCCCGGGGCUCCCGACAUGUCCACGCUGUUCCCCUCACUCCUGCCCCGCCUCACCGAGUCCCUCUGGUUCAACCUCGACCGGCCGUGCGUUGACGAGACCGAGCUGCAGCAGCAGGAGCAGCAGCACCAGGCCUGGCUCCAGAGCAUUGCUGAGAAGGACAACAACUUGGUGCCCAUAGGAAAGCCAGCAUCCGAGCACUAUGAUGAGGAGGAGGAGGAGGACGACGAAGAUGACGAAGACAGCGAAGAGGACUCAGAAGAUGAUGAGGACAUGCAGGAUAUGGAUGAGAUGAAUGAUUAUAAUGAGUCUCCUGAUGAUGGGGAGAUCAAUGAGGUGGACAUGGAGGGGACAGAGCAGGAUCAGGACCAGUGGAUGAUCUGAUUCUGCCACAACCACACCGGAACAGAGGUUGGGGGAGAGCCUUUGCCCCCCAAGGCUCUGGGGGACAGUUCAGUGAAGCUCCUCCUGCCAUGGGUGCUGUGUGGGUUAGCAGGUUCGGAGCGAAGCCCCCCGGGGAGCCAGAGGAGACACUGCCACCUGGCAUAUUGGAACUCACGCAUCUUUUCUAAUAAACUCAGUUUUCAAGAAAACAA